AUGGAUUCCGCUCCCGACAACCCAAAUUCAAUGCCUGCAGCAACCAGUGGCUCUCGCUCCAAACUUCUUUCAACAGGCCUCAAGGACUUUCUUAGCAAACCCGCUCUCAAGCAUCCACAAAAGGCAUUCACCGUACAACUUUGGAACGCGGAACAAAAGGCCAACCCUACUGGCAACAAUCCACCUCCACGACUAGCAGCCGGACAGCAAAGAGCAGAAAUGUCGACUUCAGCCAGCGGACAGGCGACGGGGGAUAUCGUGAGUAGCGCGAACUCGGGAUUUCCGAAGACGAGCGAUGCGCCAGGCGAGCAGUUUGAGCCCAGGCAAACGGCUACAAGUGAGGACUAUGAGCCAGAUCCGAGCAAGAGCAUCAAAUUGAGCCCACAAAGGCAAGCAUUAGUCGACGAUAUCAUCGCCCUGUACUCCUGUCAGCCCACUAUUCAACGAGUAAAACGUUAUACACCAGACUGUGUCUACGAUGACCAGUUCGUCUACGCAAACGACCGCUACAAAAUGGCCGGUCAAUGGUUCGCCCUUCCCAAACUCUUCAACGCUUCAAUCAAUGAAUCUUACCAAGUAAUCCGUUCCGACGACGAUAUCAUCCAGUUCAAAAACAAGCAGUCCUGGACCUUCCGUCUGAUUCCCAAGACAGCUACCAUUACCGGUUUGGUAACGCUUAGUCUGGAUCCUGCGACCAAGGACAGCCAAUUUAUGCAGAUCAAGUAUCACAAAGACCAGGCAAACGACAAAGAUUACAGUCAUGAAGGAGUGGGUUUCAGUUUCAAGAAGUGGCAGGCGGACAACGUGGUAAAGCACAUGGACACGCCCGAGCUCAAAGAAUUCGAGCAAGAUAAGGGCGCCAACAAGGAACAUGUUCGAAAGUAUGGAAGUGGAAAGGAAGAAGGUAAUGCACCAAAGAAGGAUUUUACGAACUAG